AGGUGUCACUUUUGUGUUUAGUUCUUCACCUCUGAAGAAUUUUGACAUAAUUAAAAUCUAUCAACACAGCUAUACGAUCGAACACAAAAGACUAUAACUUCACUUUGUCCAAUAGGCAUCGAGCGCUCGAACGGUUUAGUGUCAUCCCAGGUAAUUUGACGAUGUGCGGUAACUAUAAGUCCAGCCAGCCCCAAGAGACAGCGUUAUUCUUUUAUUGCUCUGACGUCCCUUUUGCUAAUAAACCAAAGGUUACACCACAGCCCUGAAAGAGGUGAAAGAAAAGACAAGGCUAGCCGGUGAAUGUUUAGUCAUAAAUUUUUGCGUGCAAUCAGUUUACCAGAAGAUUAUCAUCACGAAAUAUAACUGAUAUUGCAGUCGGUCGUUUGAAUCGUUUGUCUAAGAAGCAGAAUGGACGACAAUAGCGGUGUCACCUUUUAGUUUCUACCUGCAUAUUUUAAGUUACAAAAGACUUCUAAUUACAAAUGCAUUGUGUUUCUAUCACCUCUACGAAACGAAAAUGGACAAAAGUUCGAGCCACCUAGCUCAAACAGACCGCUCAUGCAUCUUCAAAAGCAACCAGUAUUCCGGUGCAAAAAUUUAGAAGUUGCGUGGACUUGCAGGUGAACCUUAACUUUUGAGAUAUUUCUUUGAUUAUAUCAAUUAGAUCUUGAAAGCCAAUUUUUCCCACCUUAAAUCAUACUAACAAGACUAAAGUUCCUGGGUGCAUAUUCUGUAUUAAUAUCUCUAUUGAGCUUUAGUGUUUUGCAAGCUUUAUUAGUAUUUUCCCUAAGGGCUAAGCUACAUUUCCCGUGCAGAAGUGACUAAUAAGUGGUUAUUUCUCUCAGUAUCUCCUGGCGGGCAGAAAUCAGACAUGCGUGCAUCAAUAACAAGCCGAUAAAAUGUUGUUAUGAUGUUCAUCCAAUCAGCUCUGAAAGUAACAAAUGCGAAUUUGAAAUUGAUAAAAAGUGUUUUAUGCUUGUUAAAUGCUGCAAGUUUGUUUAACAGGAAAAUUUUUUAUUACCAGGUUUUUUGGCAAGAGAUGUCGUCAGACCGUGACAUGGCGAGAACUGGAAUCGCUGAGCGAGUACAAGCUGGUCGAUCGCCACCGCUGAGAAGGCGAAGAACAAGAGAAUACAUUCCAAACUCCAGGAGCACACAAAGGCAAGGAUAUCUUGAUCAAAACUUGCACGAUAACAGCUUACUCACCGACGAACUAACCUACGGAAUUCCUGGUAAUGGUGGCCGCCCCUACACCGACGAAAACAUGAACUCAAUAUCGCGUUCUUCCAGCGGAAACCAACCGCACUUGCAGGACAUUUUGCGAGUCAUGCCGGAGAACUCACACUUGAAUGAAAGGUAUCAGAUACUGAGAGCAGAAAAUAAGAUACUCCGUGAACGCUUACAAAAUGCACUCCAAAGAGAGAUGAAAGCACUCAAGACAUUUAAAAGACUCGCUAAAGAAAACAGACAACUUAAGUUGAAUUUGAGGAAAUACGAAAGAACUUUACUUGGAUUUUACGACGAUGAAUCAGAUUCUGAUCGCAGUGAACACCCUAAAGACCGAGACCUCAGCGAGCAUUUACCACAAGCAAGCAGCAGUCCGACACCUAAAUAUGAAUUAUACAACGGCGAAGAAGCUGUGGAAAGAGACUGUAAUCAAACACAGAGCAUUCCACCAGUCAAGAUUACCAAGACUAUAUCAACAUCAACAGACGAUAUCGUGUACACAAUACUCACGGAAGAUAAAUCCACGUCAACCGAUGAUUUAGAAACCUUCGAGGAUAAAACUGAAUCUGUCGAAAGCUCGGACACCGAGAAUAACGACAAAAGCGUGGAGUCUGAGUUCCACUCUACAAGCCUCAAUGAUGAGAGUGAUAAUAUAUGCGCGGGACCUGAGUACCAAGACACAAAUUUGACUGAUGCGACAAAGGUUCAGUUUUUGCAAAGUCAGCUGUUCGCCAUUCAAACACAGAGCGUCCAAGAAAGAAGAAAAUUUAGCGAAACGCGAAGAUACUGGACUGAUCCGAUGAUUGCUAAUAACCUUGGUCUGAAUGAAUUGCAAAGGGCUUCCAGCUCACCAAGUUUAUUAGACGGGUGUGGAGAAAGCACAGCAAGGACUAAGAACCCCUAUCGCAAAGAUGCCGCGUCCAUUCCAAAGCGUCGCGUGUCAGAUGGAAAUAACCCCCUGUCAUCUGACUUCAUGAUACGUUCAAGACCCUCAUCGUUCCACGAUGCUGAGCUAACUACAGUCCCUGAGGUGACUAUUUCACCAUAUGAGGAGGAUAAUGCGAGUGAAGACAGCUCCAGAUCACCAUCUCCCACUUCGAGGCAUUCUCAAGAUGAUCUGGCCUCAAGUUCUUCGUCCCCAACUCCCUCUCAAAUAAAUGAAGAAGGUUUAGCACCCCAGAGAUCGCCGCGGUCAUCACCUCUGACUCUUGAAGAGGACGCAGAUAUCAGAGAGAGGCAUCAGAGAAUUCUUUCUGAGGUUCAAGCCGCUCCCAGUCCCGGGCCAAGUCCACAAGGCAGUCCACAGUUGAGAAGGAAACUGGCACACACAGUGUCACUUCCGGUCGAAUCCUUUGGACAUUACCUGUCCACCAUGGGCGUGCAAGCACAGAGUAAAGACAAUGUGCAAACGAACCGUUUAAGAAGGAAGUCGAUCGACGACGACGAAAUUUACGUCAAGAAACACCGCCAAACUUCAGUGUCACUGAAAUUUGAAGGGGAUAUCGAAAGAGAAAACGCCGAGAGCCUUGCUGCCGACAUUGCAGAAUUCCUGAACAACCGCAGAAAGAGAUCUCGAGCAGGCACAAUGCCGAGUCCACGAACAAUCGAUGAAAACCCAAAAGAAGAAACGAUGGCCGAUGAAGAAGAUGACUCCGUGUUCACGCAUGCUCGGUCAACGCGCCAACGACGAGGGUCCGCUGUCGUGUCCAUGCCUGGGGACCAUUACCAGAUGGACCUUCACGUGCUUAAUGUUCAAGGAGAGCAAAUGGAAGGAAAGCACUUAAGCGUCAUCCGAGAGAAGAAGGAGCUCUCUGGCUCAUCGACUUCACUCAACAGUAUAGAUCCUGAAAAGCGAUCAAGAUGGUCAAUUCUCAGACGAAAUAAGAAGAUGCUGUUACUGAAAGACAAAGCCAGACAAGGUGAAGAUUUCAGAGAAAGCUUGGCCCGCAUGAGGGAGACCCCAAAAGCAAUUGUGAAACACGAUCUGUCCGAAUUUAAGAAUAGUCACUGGACUCUGCUUAUGGGGCAGAGCCUGGAGAGAAGUCCGAGAAGACCUCGAUCUGAAGCUACACUGUCUGAUCACGAGACCAAAAGACGCGAAGCAGUAUGGGAACUGUUUCAUAGCGAGGUUGUUUAUCUGAUGAGUCAUCUAUUGGUUCUUAAAGAGGUGUUCCUCGAACCUUUGAAAGAGAUUCAACAAAUGGGACAUUUGCAACAUGUGGAUGGCAACAAAAUCUUCUGUAAUCUUGAAGAACUCUGUGAGGUAAGCACGAGAUUUGCAAAGAAUCUUCUGCAAGUGUUCCAAAGCGAGCAACCCACACAGUUUGGAAGUACCGCAUCUGUCGUCUCCGCUUUUACUGAGUUCAGUCGCAAAGUUCACCCACAGUAUCAGAAAUAUUGUCUGAAUUACUCUAAAGCUCUUAGUUAUUUGGACUCACUGAAGAAGGAUGAAGACUUCCAGGAGUUUAUGAAGGUAAUAUUAUAUUUUACUCAGCAUUUUUGUUGGCCCAGGAUUACAUGGAGAAUUCUUUCUGAGGUUCAAGCCGCUCCCAGUCCCGGGCCAAGUCCACAAGGCAGUCCACAGUUGAGAAGGAAACUGGCACACACAGUGUCACUUCCGGUCGAAUCCUUUGGACAUUACCUGUCCACCAUGGGCGUGCAAGCACAGAGUAAAGACAAUGUGCAAACGAACCGUUUAAGAAGGAAGUCGAUCGACGACGACGAAAUUUACGUCAAGAAACACCGCCAAACUUCAGUGUCACUGAAAUUUGAAGGGGAUAUCGAAAGAGAAAACGCCGAGAGCCUUGCUGCCGACAUUGCAGAAUUCCUGAACAACCGCAGAAAGAGAUCUCGAGCAGGCACAAUGCCGAGUCCACGAACAAUCGAUGAAAACCCAAAAGAAGAAACGAUGGCCGAUGAAGAAGAUGACUCCGUGUUCACGCAUGCUCGGUCAACGCGCCAACGACGAGGGUCCGCUGUCGUGUCCAUGCCUGGGGACCAUUACCAGAUGGACCUUCACGUGCUUAAUGUUCAAGGAGAGCAAAUGGAAGGAAAGCACUUAAGCGUCAUCCGAGAGAAGAAGGAGCUCUCUGGCUCAUCGACUUCACUCAACAGUAUAGAUCCUGAAAAGCGAUCAAGAUGGUCAAUUCUCAGACGAAAUAAGAAGAUGCUGUUACUGAAAGACAAAGCCAGACAAGGUGAAGAUUUCAGAGAAAGCUUGGCCCGCAUGAGGGAGACCCCAAAAGCAAUUGUGAAACACGAUCUGUCCGAAUUUAAGAAUAGUCACUGGACUCUGCUUAUGGGGCAGAGCCUGGAGAGAAGUCCGAGAAGACCUCGAUCUGAAGCUACACUGUCUGAUCACGAGACCAAAAGACGCGAAGCAGUAUGGGAACUGUUUCAUAGCGAGGUUGUUUAUCUGAUGAGUCAUCUAUUGGUUCUUAAAGAGGUGUUCCUCGAACCUUUGAAAGAGAUUCAACAAAUGGGACAUUUGCAACAUGUGGAUGGCAACAAAAUCUUCUGUAAUCUUGAAGAACUCUGUGAGGUAAGCACGAGAUUUGCAAAGAAUCUUCUGCAAGUGUUCCAAAGCGAGCAACCCACACAGUUUGGAAGUACCGCAUCUGUCGUCUCCGCUUUUACUGAGUUCAGUCGCAAAGUUCACCCACAGUAUCAGAAAUAUUGUCUGAAUUACUCUAAAGCUCUUAGUUAUUUGGACUCACUGAAGAAGGAUGAAGACUUCCAGGAGUUUAUGAAGUGGUGUGAGUCUAAUGCUAGAUGUAACAGACUUCAAAUCACCGACCUCUUAGUGGCGCCACUACAACAUCUUACCAAGUAUCCACUGCUACUUAAGAACAUCAGGAAACGAACUGCUGAAGGCGAUGAACAGCACAGUUCUCUGUCCUCCAUUAUUAAGGCUGUAGAACUUUCAAUACAGGAACUGGAAGGUAAAGUCAAGUCUCGGGCAAACUACGAAAGGUUACAGGAGCUUCAAAGUAGUUUAGUUUGGCCCUCUAUUACUGAGCUGGAUCCAAAGACCUAUGUACCCGAGUUCCUGAGAGGUAUAUUAACCAAACAGCCAUGCGAGAGUCUAUUAGCAAGUCCUAAGAGACAACUGCUGUAUGAGGGACCACUAACUUUGCUGGAAAAUGCUAAAGUCGAUGUGUAUGCCUUUCUAUUUGAUGAUAUGCUUCUUCUUACAAAAUUCCGAAAACUGCCGCCAAAGAUGAACAAGAAACUGAAUCUUACUGGAAUGACAGACAGUCCCCCGCCCACCCCUCCCGUGGUCAGACGUAGCAUGUCUGGAGCCCAGUACACAGUUUAUAAACAGCCAAUUCCACUGGACAGAUUCAUCAUUAUUGAUGCCGAAGCCACACAUGCAGGAAGCACCUUAAAGAAUUCGUUCAUAAUCAUCCAUUACAGUAGAUUCAAACAAACUGUUGGUCUUUACACUCUACAAGCACCAUCACAGAACCUCAAGGAGACCUGGACAAGCACGCUAAAAGCGGCCCAGAGCAGAUGGUCAGAGGCAGUCGCGCUAGAACUAGCAGCUGAGACAGAAAAGAUGAGCGCUCUUCAAAAUGUCAACGAAGGAGAAAGCGAACAAGACUCGGGUCCCAAAUCACCAGAUGAGACAGUCAUGAGUCAAACGCAAAUGCUCUCUUACUACAAACCAAUUGAAUCAAAGUGUUGACGAAAUGCAAGCCAUUUACAACGGAUUUUCAGUGAAAAUUCUGGAUGCUAGCAACUUUUAAUUGCGCCAUUGAAUUGAGCCUCGUCUGUCUACCUUAAAAGAAACGUCACUACCUUGAACAGGCAGGUCAGUGGCUCUUCAUGAAGUAAAAGUUGAAUGAAUCUACAGAUGUCAAGUCAAAAGAGCUAUUCCAGCAGGCCAUCAACCGAGCCAUAAAGAAAUCUGUUGAUGCGUUGUUCUUCGUUAUACCAAGUCCUGUUGAGGUGUCCAUCAUAAGCGAGGUGUUACGUUACGUUACGUUAUGUUAUACAUUUGUCCUCCUUGGAACCACUUUAUAACUUACAAGAAGAGCAAGAUUGUGGUGAUACUUUUACAUAAAGACGAUUCCGAUUUACCCUUUUAUGUGCAAAACUUAAAAGUAUCCAGGAUGAGAAAUUUAACUUUAUUAUGCGCAAUGUGUUAGAUCACUGCAAAGGUUUUCAAGGGAUGAAAGAGAAGAUAAUUUCGGGUGCAAAAUUUUAAUAUUGGGAGGAAGUGAAAUUGUAAAUAGGGAGGUCGAUAAAUGCAAAAGUGCUACGGGAAAAAAAAUUCUCAAGUUACAGUUCCAGCGUUUCUGUUAUUAGUACAAAUCAAGGAAUGAAAAGUUAAGUAGACUGAAUUGUCUCUUUUGCAACAUAGUAAAGACUGGGUGAAAACAUUAACACCCUUGUCUAGAUACGAGAAAACAACUUGUUAAUACCCUUUUCAAUUGUUAGGCGCUUUCAAUAUUUAUAAACUGUGUGACAGAGCGAGAAAUAAUCAUAUAUAUUUUAGAACUAGAAAACGCGCGCGUUUACAAACCUGAUGCAAACAAGAGACUUUCAAUUCAGAAGAGAUCAAGUUGUAGCUUCUUGACUUAUACAGACUUUCGAGUUCUCGCUGCGUUAAUGACCGUAAACCAGUGGGUUAUGAGAAUUUCAUGAACGAUAUUCUUAAAUAGAAGUACCAAACUCAUCAAAGGUAUAGUUAUUUAUUUUCAUCUUUCGCGACAAAAUACAUUGUACAGUUUAAUGACACCUGUCAUAUUUUAGAGGGAAGUUUGUUAUUUCAUAGUUUUCAUGUUGUAGCACAAACAAAAAAAAGAUUAUGUUUGACGUGUGUUAUGAAGGAUAAAAGAUAUGAAAAAAGAGAAUAAAAUAACACAAAUCC